UUAUCUGUUGCAUUUUCAGAGGUUAUCCUGAACAACUUUCUUGCUGCAGAAAAAAAUCACAUACAUUAUGGAAGAAUUUCUGAGAGAAAGAGGCCUACAAGAGUCUGUGAUAGAAAAGUUCCAGUGUGAUGGUAUAGAUGCCACAGUGAUCACGUUAAUGACUGAUGAAGAAUUGAAGCACUACCUUCCAAGAUUUGGAGAUCAAAUUGCCAUUAAAGCAUUUGCUAGACAAGAACUACAAAAAAGCCAGAACACAGAAUCUGACAAAAGACGAUCCUUACGGGAAAAACUUAUAUCAAAAUUACAAAAGAAACACAGUUCAAGUGAACAUUUGAAAAGGUCUGAAUCUCAAAGAGGGAACGUGAACGCGAAAAAAAUGAGUAGAAAAAUCGAACUUGGCUGGCUACACCAGUACGGGUUUAAUGGGUCUUUAAAACAAGUUAGGUCUGCUUCUGGAGGCGGUACAAGAACAGUAGCUAUACAGUUGGAUUGUUUGAUAGGAGAUGUGUUACCGGUAGCUAAGGACCUUUUCUUUCCAGAUGGCAUAUCUAAAAAGGGGACUGUGGAUGAAUUUGAUUUUCAUAUUGCAGACCAGACACAAACAAGACUUUCUCCACACCUGAAAAUUCAAGAGCUGUAUGAACGUACAAAACUUAAACGUGUAAGACUGUACAUGGUGACAUGUUCACCUGGAUUUUUUUCCAGUGAUGGUACUGAAGCUGCAGAUAAUGAGACAAGAGCAGGGACUAAUGAGACAAGAGCAGGGACUGUCGACCAGGUUGAUUCUCUGGUGGGAGAAAUGCAAGAAAAGAAUGAUAAACGUGUUGAAACUGCAGAAAAGGAAACAACAAGAAGAAGUGUCGAACAGGUUGAUUCUAUGGUGACAGAACUGCAAGGAAAGAAUGAUAAACAUGUUGAAGCUGCAGAAAAUGAAACAACCAGAAGAAGUGUCGAACUGGUUGAUUCUGUUUUGGGAAAAUUGGAAGAAAGGAAUGAUGAAUGUGUUGAAACUACAGGAAAUGAAACAACUAGAAGUACUGUCGAACAGGUUGGUUCUAUGGUGACAGAAUUGCAUGAAAUGAAUGAUAAACAUGUUGAAGCUGCAGAUGACAUGCAUAUCCUAGAUGAGCAUGGAGAGACUUUUAGCAAUGGUUCUGUGCAGUCUAGAGUGAGAUGGAAUCACUAUUAG